CUGGUGCACCAAGCUGGCAAGUGGCGGAGAGGGAGAGGGAGAUGAAGCAGAGAAAUGCUGCGGCGUAGCGUUCGGUCCGUCAUCCGGUGAAGGUGCUCGGUAGCCGGGGAUGGCCGGAUCACCGCCGUCGGAUGUGGUGCCGGAGCACAAAACAAAAUGGAUGUCAGCAUCGAUCGAUCCGGCUGCGCAUUGGCGUACAGGCUGAUACGGGUUCUCUGUGCCAUUCGCGACCAUUAGUUCCGUAGACCUUGACGCCCUCGUCCCAUCCAGGACACCCUUGACCAGUAUGAUUUUUGAAAAAGGUAUCUACGACCCCAGGAGUACUUGUUGCACAAUCCACGAAAGAGAUGUCAUAGCUUAUAAACCAGUCUUUCCGAUCGCCGACAUCACCAUACUUGCUCCCCCAGGAGCCAGCUACUGGCACUACGCUUUCUUUGCGAUGGUUUUUGCAACUAUCGGGAUUGAUACGACAUUCACAGUAUCGAACGUCUUUUUGACAACCCAUGUCCCGAUUCAACAUCAAGGGGCUGCUGGAGCAAUCAGUGGAAGCCUGGUUCACCUCGGCGCUGCGCUUUUCCUAGGAUGUGCAAGUAUCGUGUCGGUCAUGAAGCAGCCUGAAGGAGAGCUCCAGAGCUUUAAAGCAGUCUUCUACCUAGAAACUGCUCUGGCCGCUACCUCACUGCUUAUUGUGGUAAUGUUUGUUCGUGUAGACCGGGCGGUCGCAGAUCUUACUACCGAUGAGAGAGCUGAGCGUGAGGGUACUACCGGCUAUGUCCGUGGAUUGGCUCCAUAAACGAUGAAGGAAUGAUUGAGCCUUUACGUGCCACGGACUGAGGAAAUAUAUGCAAGGGAUUACCUGGAUGGAAAACUCGUUGACUUUAGUAGAGCACUGGUGUUCCCGGGAUGAGGAGCUUGUACUGUUCAACGAGAUGAUUAAUGAUGCGAAAAUCAUUUCCUGCGAUGUUGCCAAGCGAUAACGCUGUCC